GGACUUGGAAAACCAACAAUAUUUGGCUUGAAUAUUCUAACUACAUCAUGGAUGGAGAGGACUAUGGUGAAAGUGCUUCCAGGGAGACUAGGGAAAGUGCUUCCAGAGAUCCUCUUGUUGUUGGGCGAGUUGUGGGAGACGUUCUUGACAACUUUACUAAGUCUAUUGCUUUCACUGCUAGCUAUGGCCACAAGCUGGAAGUUCACAAUGGUGUUUUACUCAAGCCCUCUCAAGUUGCCAAACAACCUAGGGUUUCUAUUGGUGGAAGUGAUUUCAGGAACUUCUACACUUUGGUCAUGGUGGAUCCUGAUGCACCCAGUCCAAGUGACCCCCACCUUAAAGAGUACUUGCAUUGGUUGGUGAUUGAUAUUCCAGAAAGUACAGGAGCAACUUAUGGCAAAGAGGUUGUUUCUUAUGAGAGCCCAAAGCCAACAGUGGGGAUUCACAGGUUUGUUUUUGUGCUGUUUCGGCAACCGGGGAAACAGCCUGUGUAUGCACCAGGGUGGCGCCAGAACUUCGUAACCAGAGACUUUGCUGAGCUUUACAAUCUUGGCUCCCCCGUGGCUGCCCUUUUUUUCAAUUGCCAAAAGGAGACUAAGACCUCUACUAGCUCAUCAUCAAGCUCAAGGAGACGCUAGCUAAUUAAUAUAUACAUAUAACUCCACAUAUAUGGCUCGAUGCAUGCACUUUAACUUCAUGAUCUCUCCGUGAUUGCCUAACAAUAAUUAUAGGCUGUCAUGUAGAGACUUCACUGUAUGGGAAGUUUGACUUAUUAAUAAAAGAGAUCGAAGUCUUACAUAUA